AUGAACCAAAAUGAGAAAAUAAAAGCAGUGGCUAAAGGCAAAAAGCCACCGACCAUUACGAAAGUGAUAACUUAUGCCACAUCCGACGAAAUCACUAAUGCAGAUCGCUCGGGCAGAGACGAUUGCAGCACUUGCAAGUUUUCUUAUUUUUCGAUUACCAAGAUCGCUUAUGAUAUACCGGCACAUGGAGAUUUGCUGACGAAAUUGAUCAGAAAUGGUCCAAAACAAUAUCCUUUUAAAUUUGACGAACUCAGAGACAUCCUUCUUCGAGGUUCACGAAUUUUCCUUGCAGAACCCAGUCUGCUGGAGGUAUGUUCAUUUUUUUACUGUUCAGUCUGA